AUGAAGCUUCUCUCUGGCAGCGCGCUGGCCCUCUGCCUCGCCAACCUGCCUGCGACGAUCGCAUGGGGCAGUCUUGGUCACAUCACCACCGCUUACCUCGCCAGCCACUUCGUCUCCAACGCAACAGAAGCUCAUCUCAAGGAGCUCCUCUACAAUGAGGGCCCCGACUACAUCGCCAAGAUAGCCAGCUGGGCCGACUCGAUCCGCUACACCGACUGGGGCCGGUACACAAAGACGUUCCACUUCAUCGACGCCCACGACAGCCCGCCCGAGCAGUGCAACGUCGACUUUGAACGCGAUUGUAAAGACGACGGCUGCGUUAUUACUGCCCUCGCAAACUACACAAAGCAGUCGCUCGAGCCCAAUCUGCCAUUCUGGCAGCGCAACCAGGCGGCCAAGUUUGUCGUGCACUUUGUCGGUGAUCUCCACCAGCCUAUGCAUAACGAGAACGUCGAGAGGGGCGGCAAUGGCCUCUAUGUCAAGUUUGACGGUCGCCACUUUAACCUCCACCACGUCUGGGAUAGCUCCAUUGCUGAGAAGCUGCUGGGCGGUCUGCACGGCGAUCCCUUUGAGCUUGCUGGCAACUGGGCCAGGCAGCUCGCCGUUGAGAUUACUGAUGGACGUUUUGCCGAGGAGAAGGAGACUUGGUUGAAGGACCUCAACUUUGACGACCCCGUCAGCACCGCCCUCGCUUGGUCACGAGAGGCUAACGCCCUCGUCUGCACUCACGUUCUGCCUGAAGGUGCCGCUGCCAUCGUCGGCCAGGAGCUCGGAGGCGAGUACUUUGAGAAGGCUGCCCCGGUUAUCGAGAGGCAGGUGGCUCUGGCCGGUUACCGAAUGGCGGCUUGGCUGGAUCGCAUCGUUGAAACGUACAAUGACGUUGAGGCGGAGCAGGCUGCCGGUGAGCUAUAA